GACUCACAAAGAGUGUAGUACUUGGCAGUAGUAAGAACCCCGAGUGGUAGACCAGAGCGCGAUGGAUCACGUACAUGGUUAUGAGCCGGUUGAAGGGGGUGGUGGUGGUUUGGGUAUCUCCUUGUGGCAAUGUCAUUGCUGGAGAUUCUGUAACGUUUUUAUGGGAUUCUUUUUUGCCCUUGCAGCUUACGUACAGAUCAAUGAUCCAGAUGCAGGCGUAUGGAUGGUUGCAUAUUCCAUUCCUGCAAUUUUGAGUCUACUGACUGGCAUAAAUCCUCAGAUUACAGAAAACUUGCUGUGGAAGAGCACAUCCAAGCUGCAUAUGAUAGGUUGUGCAGUAGGAGCUGCGUAUCUUGGAUGGUCCAUACGUCAUCAUCUGUCCAGAGACAUAAUUCAUGAAGAAGAGGGAAGGGAGCUGUUUGGCUUAACUAUCAUUCUCAUCUGGUUGCUUCUUGCGUACCCAUCGGGAAAGUAA